GAAGACCUAAAACAAAUGUUGGAAAGCAGUAAAGAUUCUGCGAAGCUGGAUGCUAUGAAAAGGAUUGUUGGGAUGAUUGCAAAAGGAAAAAAUGCUUCUGAGCUGUUUCCAGCUGUUGUGAAGAAUGUUGCCAGUAAAAAUAUUGAGAUAAAAAAGCUUGUCUAUGUUUAUCUGAUGCGUUACGCAGAGGAGCAGCAAGAUCUAGCAUUAUUGUCCAUCAGUACUUUCCAGCGUGCUUUAAAAGAUCCUAAUCAGUUAAUCCGUGCAAGUGCUUUAAGAGUUUUAUCAAGUAUCCGUGUCCCAAUUAUUGUUCCUAUUAUGAUGCUUGCUAUUAAGGAAGCCUCUUCUGAUUUGUCGCCUUAUGUGAGGAAGAACGCAGCCCAUGCAAUCCAAAAACUGUACAGUCUUGAUCCAGAGCAAAAGGAAAUGUUAAUUGAAGUGAUAGAGAAGCUUUUGAAGGAUAGAAGUACGCUGGUAGCUGGGAGCGUUGUGAUGGCAUUUGAGGAAGUGUGUCCGGAUAGAAUAGAUCUGAUUCACAAGAACUACCGAAAGCUCUGUAACUUGUUGGUUGAUGUGGAAGAGUGGGGUCAAGUUGUUAUAAUCCACAUGUUAACUCGAUAUGCACGUACACAGUUUGUAAGCCCAUGGAAGGAAGAUGAGGUGGUGGAAGAAUAUAGUGAAAAUAAUUUCUAUGAAUCUGAUGAAGAACAGAAAGAAAAGGAUCAGAAAGUGAAAAACAUCUACACUAUGGACCCAGAUCACAGACUGCUGUUACGAAAUACAAAGCCUUUGCUUCAAAGCCGAAAUGCUGCUGUGGUAAUGGCAGUUGCACAGCUUUACUGGCAUUUGGCACCAAAAUCCGAAGCUGGUAUUGUUUCCAAGUCAUUGGUACGUUUACUGCGUAGUAAUAGGGAAGUGCAGUAUAUUGUUCUGCAAAAUAUUGCCACUAUGUCAAUUCAGAGAAAGGGCAUGUUUGAACCUUAUCUGAAGAGUUUCUAUGUUAGAUCAACUGAUCCAACAAUGAUCAAAACACUGAAGCUUGAAAUCUUGACAAAUUUAGCAAAUGAAGCCAACAUAUCAACUCUGCUUCGAGAAUUUCAGACUUACGUGAAAAGCCAAGAUAAACAGUUUGCUGCAGCUACAAUUCAGGCUAUAGGCAGAUGCGCAACUAACAUCACCGAAGUGACUGACACAUGCCUUAACGGCCUCGUAUGUUUGCUGUCCAACAGGGAUGAAAUUGUAGUUGCUGAAAGUGUUGUUGUCAUUAAGAAACUGCUGCAAACCCAGCCAGCACACCAUGGUGAAAUUAUCAAGCACAUGGCCAAACUCUUGGAUAACAUUACAGUUCCAGUAGCCAGAGCCAGCAUUCUCUGGCUCAUUGGCGAGUAUUGUGAACGGGUUCCAAAGAUUGCACCUGAUGUUUUGAGAAAGACAGCCAAGAGCUUCACUAACGAAGAUGACCUUGUAAAGUUGCAAAUCUUAAAUUUGGGCUCAAAACUCUAUCUAACAAACUCAAAGCAGGUAAGCUUACACUCAGAAGUGUACAUAUUUAGCGUCACG